CUAUUGCAGCCAGAAUUGUGCCCGGCAUAUCAAAGACAAAGACUUUUCCUUUAGAGACGCGUGGACCCUGACCCCAUUACUUCCAUCAUGUCUGGUCUGAGUUGUACUGCAUAAGUCCUGUCUGCAAGGGUGACCUGUGUCUCUUCAGCCUUUUGAUGACCUCAUGUGCUCCCUAGCUGAGAGUAUUUCAGUGACUCUGGACCACAUACAUUUUGAUGAUACGGAUGUUUAUGGAAAAGCAGUUUUGUUUAUAUGUGGGGGGUUCUUAGGUAACUCACCCAAAACUCCACCAAUGAAACGGAGCCACCACAAACCGGGGACCAGCUGAAUGAAGAUGGCCGUAGAGGGUUGUGUAAUGAGUUGCCCGACCUCAGACCUCAGCGCAGACUGAGGUUUAGGAGACAGAGGUGUGCUCUGUGGCUGACAGUGCUGUGGGCCCUGGCCAUUUAGGGACUGUCUGACAAGUUCAGCUAAUCACCACGGUGCAUUUUUGCAUAUAAUUUUGUACCACAAAGCAGUGACUUGACCCUUAUAUUUUCGUGGCAUUUCCCAUGUAUUUUCACCAGCAUAGGCCUGGGAAUUGUCUGUUUUUGUUGGCCAGCUUUUAUUUUACAAAGUUACACUUGGCCUUUUUUCAGUUGCACUUGUCAUUCUUAAUAAUUGCUAGAUCCUUGCAUUAAAAUGGCCCUGAAGACUAAAACAUCUCUAAAUAAUUGAUUCUUUUAUUAGUGUGGAUGGCAGAUGUGAAAGACAGAUGAUUUUAAACUUGUUAGAGCCUGUUUCACAUACAGCGCUGAUCCCCUUUUGAAAUUAAUAUAUAAGCUAAUUUCCAUUUUCUACCCUGAGCUGUUACACAUGACAGUGGUUCCAAGUGUUCCUUAGCUAUGAAAUUCUGAUGCCUACACUCUUCUCCUGGUGGUUCAUGUUUUUCCCUUGGAGGAUAAUUUUUUUUUUUUAAGUUGCAUGAUAAUCCACAUGUAGAUGUUUGAUAGGUAUUGUUUCCUGUCACUGUUUUGGGUUUAUAAACACAACAGAGAUCAGAAGGAAGAAGGGGACAUAGGAGAAGACAACGAGGAAGAAGAUCCUAAGUGUAGUCGGAAGAAGAAACCGAAAUUAUCUCUGAAAGCCGACUCCAAGGAGGAUGGAGAAGAGAGAGAUGACGAGAUGGAGAACAAACAAGAUGGAAGAAUCCUGAGGGGUUCGCAGAGAGCCCGAAGGAAAAGACGAGGUGAUUCAGCUGUAUUGAAGCAGGGUUUGCCUCCUAAAGGAAAGAAAGCCUGGUGCUGGGCAUCCUAUCUGGAGGAGGAAAAGGCUGUGGCGGUGCCCGCGAAGCUCUUCAAGGAGUAUCAGUCCUUUCCAUAUAACAAAAAUGGGUUUAAAGUUGGCAUGAAGUUAGAAGGUGUGGACCCUGAGCAUCAGUCUGUGUACUGUGUCCUCACUGUGGCUGAGGUUUGUGGAUACCGGAUAAAAUUGCACUUUGAUGGAUAUUCUGAUUGCUAUGACUUCUGGGUAAAUGCAGAUGCUCUGGAUAUUCACCCAGUGGGGUGGUGUGAGAAAACUGGCCAUAAACUCCAUCCUCCGAAAGGUUAUAAAGAAGAAGAAUUUAAUUGGCAGACCUAUCUUAAGACAUGCAAAGCUCAAGCUGCUCCCAAGUCAUUAUUUGAAAAUCAGAAUAUAACAGUGAUCCCGUCAGGCUUUCGAGUUGGAAUGAAGCUUGAAGCUGUAGACAAAAAGAAUCCUGCGUUCAUCUGUGUUGCUACGGUAACAGAUAUGGUGGACAAUCGUUUCCUGGUACAUUUUGACAACUGGGAUGAGAGCUAUGACUAUUGGUGUGAAGCAUCAAGUCCACACAUUCAUCCAGUCGGUUGGUGUAAAGAACAUAGAAGAACACUUAUUACUCCACCAGGUUAUCCAAAUGUGAAACAUUUUUCUUGGGAUAAAUACUUAGAAGAAACCAAUUCUUUACCUGCUCCUGCAAGAGCUUUCAAAGUGAAACCUCCACAUGGAUUCCAGAAAAAAAUGAAGCUUGAAGUCAUAGACAAAAGAAAUCCUGUGUUUAUUAGAGUAGCAACAGUUGCAGACACGGAUGAUCACCGAAUAAAAGUUCACUUUGAUGGCUGGAAUAGUUGCUAUGAUUACUGGGUAGAUGCAGAUUGUCCUGAUAUUCACCCUGUGGGCUGGUGUUCAAAAACCGGGCAUCCUCUUCAGCCUCCUUUGAGCCCCUUAGAAUUAAUGGAAGCUUCAGAACAUGGCGGAUGCUCAACCCCAGGAUGUAAAGGGAUUGGCCAUUUUAAGAGAGUGAGACACCUGGGCCCUCACAGUGCUGCCAACUGUCCCUAUUCAGAAAUCAAUUUGAAUAAAGACCGAAUUUUCCCAGACCGUUUAAGUGGUGAGAUGCCUCCGGCUAGUCCAUCAUUUCCAAGAAAUAAAAGGGCAGACACAAAUGAAAUCUCUUCAUCUCCUGAAAUCAGAGACCAGCAUGCUGAUGAUGUCAAAGAGGACUUUGAAGAGAGAACAGAAAGUGAAAUGAGGACGUCGCAUGAAGCCAGAGCAGGUGCCCGGGAAGAACCGAGCAUACAGCAGGCACAGCGUCGAUCGGCUGUCUUUCUGUCCUUUAAGUCCCCGAUUCCAUGUCUGCCCUUACGCUGGGAGCAGCAGAGCAAACUUCUUCCCACCGUAGCUGGGAUCCCUGCCAGUAAAGUUUCCAAAUGGAGCACAGAUGAGGUGUCAGAAUUCAUACAGAGCUUACCUGGGUGUGAAGAACAUGGAAAGGUAUUUAAAGAUGAACAAAUUGAUGGAGAAGCCUUUCUGCUUAUGACCCAAACAGACAUUGUUAAAAUUAUGAGCAUUAAGUUGGGCCCUGCUCUCAAAAUUUUCAAUUCUAUCCUGAUGUUCAAAGCUGCAGAGAAGAACUCUCACAAUGAACUUUGAAGAUGGUGAAUUUUGAAUACCAUCAGCUUUCUGCUUUAAAGCUCAUGUUUUAUUCAAAGCACAAGGACAGUUAUAACUCCUACACAAGAAGUCUCCAAAACUCAAAAGAGCGAUGCUAUCAGAUUAUUUAUAUUCCUCAAGAGACAAUAUAUACGAAUCCUUAUGAAAGUCCUUCGGCUUUUAACCAAGUACUGUCUAACAGCGGUCAUCCUUUGGUUCUGUUCACUGAGCUAAAAUUUAUCUUUGUACAUCUUUUUGAGGCUGGGGGGUGGGGGGGAAGGGGACUUCGUUAAUUAUUUAUGGUAAAAGGGGGGGAUCGGAGUAAGAAUUUUUGGCAUUUUGUAAACAUUGUUGAAUUCUCUUUCAUGCACACUAUUUCUUUUUCAGUACUUUCAGAAACCUUUUUAUAUAAUCCAACUUCAACUGAAACCAAAUUAGUCAAAACCUGGCUGAGAUUUGCCAGUGGGACUGUUACCUGUAUUGUUCAUUCUGUGCCAUAUUUUGAAUUGCAACAUUAUGCUAAGUAUAACUCUGCAAGUCAUGAUAUUGCCUAACUGCUUGUCAUAAUUUGUUGAGGCUGAAUGGUGGUAAAAAUUACUUUUCUUUCAAUCAGUGUUUUUACUUUUGCACGCAUUAUGAAAUGUUAAACAAAUUACUUUUCACCAGCAUCUUUACUAUAAUUACCAAAAACAUGUAUAUAAAUAAUGGAAUUGAAAAAUAAAAUAUAUAAAUAAAUUAGGUGAUGUAUUUGAAUGGCAUCAAUCUUAUACAUUGUGGUGCCCUAUGUAUUUACAGGAGUCCAGUGGUAUCAAAGGAAUAUGCAGUUCUGUUGGUGGGGGGGAUGUUUGUAAGGAUCUUGAACUAUUUAUGAGAUGAUCUUGAGCUUCUCUCUAAUUGCCAAUGAAGUCACUGUGAUGCUUUUCAGAGCUGAAGGGGUCGUUCUGUCGAUGGAAACACUAAUCCAUAAAGAGCUCUGUCCCAGAUCUUCUUCCUCCAGACCCAAAGAUUUUCUUUGGGUCUGCUGAAGAGAGAGUAUGUGGAUUUUACUGAAAAGGUAGGGUGUGAGGGGGCAAUAGCAGUCAACACAAAGAUUCUAAAUGCUCACAGAUCCAGGGGGCAGCUUCCCAAAGCAAUUAUUCAAGAACCUCCAUUUUGGAAAGAUUCCUUUCUCUGUAGAACAGUUCACCUAAGUUUUAUAAAUGUACAGAUGCACUUUAAAUGAAAGCCCUUGAUUACCUAGAAACUGCUAGCACUAGUGUUUCUUUUCUGAGAAUGCCUUUCCAACACAAAAGGUAAAUUAUCUUAUCAGCCUUUGGAUGUAAUGUCUACUUCUAGGAUGGGCCAUUUGUUCGAGGGCUAUUAUAAGGGUAGGAAGUAAGUUUGUAGCAUGCUGUCUGAAUUCUGGGGCAAGUUCCACCUCUCUCUUUAGUUGCCCUUAUUUUUUCUGAUGUAGGACUUCCUUUGAUGUCCCCCGUUGGGAGUCUAUUAGCAGUCCUUUGCAUUUGUCAUAAUUCAAAAGGGCCGUGGCAUCUGCAAUGUCCCUUUCAUUUCUUGCAUGAGUCUGCUUAAAUAAGUUUUUCGUUGUUGGGGUUUUUUUUUCUUUUAUGUUCUGUUCAGAAUUUGUACAUUCAAGUUGCACUUGUUAUAUCUGACAUGAAUGAAAUAAAAUCUUAAUUGCAGAUA